UUUUAACAUCAUUCUUUCGGGCUCCCUGUGGUAAGACGAUUGUGAAUCCAAGAUGGCGCGCAUAUCUAAUCGUAUCCGACUUGAAGAUAACGAUGUUUUUCCCGCUACUACAGAAGGGCCGGCCAAUGUGUUCUCCUCAACGCCGUUCCUGCUGGUCAAACCAAGGUGGAUGUCUGACGAUGAAGCCCAUGUUUGCCCUCUUUGUUCACAAAAGUUUACACAAAUCCGCCGCAAGCACCAUUGCAGGCAAUGUGGUCGUGUGCUCUGCAACAAAUGCUGUAAUGAAAAGGUUCCCCUACCUCAAAUGGGGUUUGAGGACCCUGAAAGGAUCUGUGAUUACUGCCUACCAGUGACAUCACUCAUAACCAAGUCAAGGUCACUGCAAAUGUCCUUUAAACUAGAGGCUGCCCAGGGUCUGACAGAAAUGUGCAAGGAGCCGGCACAACUUAAAAAGGUUAUUGAGAUGGGUGGUGUGCAGACCAUGAUUUUUCUGAGUCAGAGUAGCCAUGAUGAUGUCAAGCUCUGGGUAUCUGAAGGGUUAAGAAUCCUCUCUACACAUGACCCUCUCCACCCUAUGCUGGCAAAAUGUGGGGCAAUCAAAGCUCUUUGCAGUAUUUUGUCGUCUGCCAGUGAGAGCCAAGAACAAACCCUAAUUAAUGGCAUUAGUGCCCUUAUGAUCUUCUGCAAGUCUGAAGAGUUGAAAGCUCAAGCUCUAGCAGAUGGUGCCCUGUACCCUGUGUUGUCCCAGUGUACCCUAACACUGUUGUUAUUACCUCUAGCUCUAGCAGAUGGUGCCCUGUACCCUGUAUUGUCCCAGUGUACCCUAACACUGUUGUUAUUACCUCUAGCUCUAGCAGAUGGUGCCCUGUACCCUGUGUUGUCCCAGUGCACCCUAACACUGUUGUUAAUACCUCUAGCUCUAGCAGAUGGUGUUCUGUACCCUGUAUUGUCCCAGUGUACCCUAACACUGUUGUUAUUACCUCUAGCUCUAGCAGAUGGUGCCCUGUACCCUGUGUUGUCCCAGUGUACCCUAACACUGUUGUUAAAACCUCUAGUUCUAGCAGAUGGUGUCCUGUACCCUGUAUUGUCCCAGUGUACCCUAACACUGUUGUUAAUACCUCUAGCUCUAGCAGAUGGUGUCCUGUACCCUGUAUUGUCCCAGUGUACCCUGACACUGUUGUCAUUACCUCUAGCUCUAGCAGAUGGUGCCCUGUGUUGUCCCAGUGUACCCUAACACUGUUGUUUACCUCUACCUCUAGCAGAAGGUGCCCUGUACCCUGUGUUGUCCCAGUGUACCCUAACACUGUUGUUAAUACCUCUAGCUCUAGCAGAUGGUGUCCUGUGCCCUGUAUUGUCCCAGUGUACCCUAACACUGUUGUUAAUACCUCUAGCUCUAGCAGAUGGUACCCUGUACCCUGUGUUGUCCCAGUGCACCCUAACACUGUUGUUAAUACCUCUAGCUCUAGCAGAUGGUGCCCUGUGCCCUGUGUUGUCCCAGUGUACCCUAACACUGUUGUUAAUACCUCUAGUUCUAGCAGAUGGUGUCCUGUACCCUGUAUUGUCCCAGUGUACCCUGACACUGUUGUCAUUACCUCUAGCUCUAGCAGAUGGUGCCCUGUAUUGUCCCAGUGUACCCUAACACUGUUGUUAAUACCUCUAGCUCUAGCAGAUGGUACCCUGUACCCUGUGUUGUCCCAGUGCACCCUAACACUGUUGUUAAUACCUCUAGCUCUAGCAGAUGGUGCCCUGUACCCUGUGUUGUCCCAGUGUACCCUAACACUGUUGUUAUUACCUCUAGCUCUAGCAGAUGGUGCCCUGUACCCUGUGUUGUCCCAGUGUACCCUAACACUGUUGUUAUUACCUCUAGCUCUAGCAGAUGGUGCCCUGUACCCUGUGUUGUCCCAGUGUACCCUAACACUGUUGUUAUUACCUCUAGCUCUAGCAGAUAGUGCCCUGUACCCUGUGUUGUCCCAGUGUACCCUAACACUGUUGUUUACCUCUAGCUCUAGCAGAUGGUGCCCUGUACCCUGUAUUGUCCCAGUGUACCCUAACACUGUUGUUUACCUCUAGCUCUAGCAGAUGGUGCCCUGUAUUGUCCCAGUGUACGCUAACACUGCUGUUAUUACCUCUAGCUCUAGCAGAUGGUGCCCUGUACCCUGUGUUGUCCCAGUGUACCCUAACACUGUUGUUAUUACCUCUAGCUCUAGCAGAUGGUGCCCUGUGUUGUCCCAGUGUACCCUAACACUGUUGUUAUUACCUCUAGCUCUAGCAGAUGGUGCCCUGUGUUGUCCCAGUGUACCCUAACACUGUUGUUAAUACCUCUAGCUCUAGCAGAUGGUACCCUGUACCCUGUGUUAUCCCAGUGUACCCUAACACUGUUGUUAUUACCUCUAGCUCUAGCAGAUGGUGCCCUGUACCCUGUGUUGUCCCAGUGUACCAUAACACUGUUGUUAAUACCUCUAGUUCUAGCAGAUGGUGUCCUGUACCCUGUGUUGUCCCAGUGUACCCUGACACUGUUGUCAUUACCUCUAGCUCUAGCAGAUGGUGCCCUGUAUUGUCCCAGUGUACCCUAACACUGUUGUUUACCUCUACCUCUAGCAGAUGGUGCCCUGUACCCUGUGUUGUCC